UGGCGUGCAUUAGACAACAGCGCGUGAGAUGGGAGAUGCACUGAAUGAAAUGUUGUAAGGGAUAUUCAACGUCAAAUAUUUAUAUUUUUUGUGCUAUUAGUUUAUUAGGAUGUCGGCGUCUGCUAUAUUCAUCCUGGACCUUAAAGGAAAGGUGUUGAUCAGUCGUAACUACAUGGGAAACAUGGACAUGAAUGAGGUCGACCACUUCAUGCCCAUUAUGAUGAGGAUGGAGGAGGACGCAGACUCAUCACCACUGGUGACACACGGCUCCGCCCACUUCCUGUGGAUCAAACACAGAAACCUCUACUUGGUGGCAAUGACCAAGAAGAAUGCCAAUGCAGCCCUGGUCUACUCCUUCCUCUACAAAAUGGUGGAGGUGUUUAAGGAGUACUUUAAGGAGCUGGAGGAGGAGAGUAUCCGUGACAACUUUGUGACGGUGUAUGAGCUGAUGGACGAGGUCAUGGACUUUGGCUUCCCUCAGACCACAGACAGCAAGAUCCUGCAAGAGUACAUCACCCAACAGGGUCACAAACUGGAUGUGGGCGCCCCUCGCCCCCCCGCCACCGUCACCAACGCUGUGUCCUGGAGGUCGGAGGGCAUCAAGUACAGGAAGAACGAGGUGUUCAUGGACGUCAUCGAGUCCGUCAACCUACUGGUGAGUGCUACCGGCACUGUCCUGCGUAGUGAGAUCGUGGGCAGCAUCAAGCUCAAGGUGGUCCUGUCUGGGAUGCCUGAACUCAGACUGGGCCUCAAUGACAAAGUGCUCUUUGAAAUCACAGGACGAGAGAAAAGUAAGACGGUAGAGCUGGAGGAUGUCAAGUUCCAUCAAUGUGUCCGUCUGUCCCGUUUCGAGAACGACCGCACCAUCUCCUUCAUCCCCCCCGACGGAGAGUCCGAACUCAUGUCCUACCGCCUCAACACCACGGUGAAGCCUCUGAUAUGGAUUGAGAGUGUGAUUGAGAAGUUCUCCCACAGCCGAGUGGAGAUCAAGGUUAAGGCCAGGAGUCAGUUUAAGAGUCGCUCCACUGCCAACAAUGUGGCCAUCAUGGUACCUGUGCCCAGCGAUGCAGACUCGCCCAAAUUCAAGACGAGCACAGGCAGCUGCAAGUAUCUUCCCGAGAAGAGCGAGGUGCAGUGGAACAUCAAGUCCUUCCCUGGGGGGAAGGAGUACAUGAUGAGGGCUCACUUUGGUCUGCCUAGUGUGGAGAGUACUGAGCUGGAGGGGAGAAGGCCCAUCACUGUCAACUUUGAGAUCCCCUAUUUCACUGUAUCUGGUAUCCAGGUACGCUAUCUGAAGAUCAUUGAGAAAAGUGGCUAUGAGGCCUUACCAUGGGUACGCUAUAUAACACAGAGUGGAGAUUAUCAACUCCGGACAAACUAAGGGCGAGCCUGCUGCUAGACAAAUAGAUCGUCACUCUCUCCCUCUCUCUGGGAGUGAGGGACAACAGAGGACAAGGAAAGGGGAACAACUUUCACCACUGUCAAUUCUCAAAGGACCAUGUAGUCAUCUUGCAGACAUGAGGACCUUCAAGACUCAAUUUUCCUUCAGAACUCGACUGUUGUCACCUUCGACCUUUGCGACCUUUGCUGUGUUACAUCAUCUGGAGAAACAUGUUUUAUCUUUUUAGAAUAAUGAACCUAGUGGUUUUCUUACUGGUCACAUUGUAAACAUUUGUAUAGUUGUAUUUUCUUCUUAAAGCUGGAAGAAUUCAGGACAUUUAUGAUCUCUGAAGUGUGAACGUUGAAACCUGUGUACAGCACUGAUAUAAAAUGAUAUCUGGUUGGUGUGGAUGCUAGCGGUUAAUGUUAUCUUGGGGCCAGCUGUAAGCAUAUAAUCCCCACUGUGUCCAAUGAGAUGAACACCAAGAUAAUGAAUAGGCCUGCUUAAUAUCAGCAGCUGUGUUUUACCAUAUUGUUGUCACAGUUCCUAGACAUGUGCUUGUACUCAGCUGACGACCAGGAGGAAAAGGCUGAAGGAAAUCUCUGUGUGCAAAUUACAAUUAUGUAGUGUUUCUAACAGUCUUGUGAUACAGACACAUUUAACGCCUCGAGGAAAAGCCACGAUCAAAAUAAGUAAACCGAUAAUACAGGUGGUCCGAUAUGAAGAGAAUGUUGUUUAGAUAGAUACAGUGCCUUGCGAAAGUAUUCGGCCCACUUGAACUUUGCAACCUUUUGCCACAUUUCAGGCUUCAAACAUAAAUAUAUAAAACUGUAUUUUUU